UUACAGAUUUGAUUGAUGUAUUGCUCUUAUCUGUACGAUCAAAACUGGAAGUGUAAUUAAAGUUAUUUUCUGGGUUAUUAGGAGAAAAUGACUUAUAGCGCGUAUACACGUUAAUCGACUCCAAAGGGUAAAGGAUAGCAGGGUAGGGUUUGAAUUAGGGCUGGGGUCAGACUUGAACUAAUUUUAGGGGUUACUAAUGCUUUGGCAGUAGUCUUGGCAUCAGAAUGCAUGCCCACAGUCAGCUCACAUAGUGUUGGGAGCAUAUAGGCUUCCAAAAGGGCAACAGCUAGUUGAAAACACUGGUUCCAGUCUAACUGGCUGGUUUCUGGACAGUCACUCCACCUGGAAAGAAAAAUUGUGUAUAAAGAUUCUAGGUUGGACCAAAAUUUGAUUGGGCAGUGAAUUUGCUGAAGUUUGCCAGAUCUUUUCCAUUCUAAGUGGCUGGCUUUGGAAAAAAUAUGCUAAAAUGUGAACCACACAUAUGAACAAAAGUAUUAGGAGUUGAGGUUAGUACUGUUUGUUUGACAAAAAUAUUGUGCCAGUACCAACAAAAGAUGUUGAUCAAGAAAUGUCACAAUCACCUACUGCAGAUAACCAGAAUUUCUCAAAGAAGUGUUCCAUGCAGUGUGGCAUAGUUUUUGUAGGCUUUCAGUUUUUAUGUCUUCUCUGGACACGUUAAUAGCUGUAUCUCAUCAGCUGAGUUGUUUUCUAUCUGAACUCAAGAGUCAUGUGAUAAGUUUAUGUCACAUCAGUCAACGUCUGGAUGGCCCACCCACACGUCCUGUGUGUUUUUUUUCCUCUGGAGAUUUAGCAGCCCAUCAUUGAUUUGUUCUUUUGAUGUGUGCAGUGUCAGAGUGAGAGCUUCACUACCGUUCACUAUUGAUUUAAUCUGACUGGCCCCUGGGCUGGUUGGAAUGGGUCAGAAUAUGAGGUUGUGGAUCCUGGACUUAUCCAUUCACUGUAAAGGGGAAGAUUUACAGUUAAUUAAUGAAAGAAGGGUUGAUAUAUUGAUCGUUUUAAGGAUCUGGCAAUUGAUGAAAAUGAAAUUGACUUUGUUUAGUUACUUGAUUGUUCCUCGGCCUGUUAUAUCACCUCCAAGAAUGUUGCAACACUUUGGGGUAUGUUUCAGUGUUUGUGCUGGUUCUCGCAGUGCCUAGAGGAAACACCAUACCCAAAGGAUGGAGGUUUUUGAGUGUAAUAGAAUGAUGUGUUUCUCCGGCAUGUGUUUAUUCAGCACUACGGAUGAGGCCCUGGUCUGCACAUUGGGAGUUUGGCCCAACUGACCUGCACAACACGAGUGUGUAUAUAGCCUUGACCUGCCCUGAGAUCCUUCAUGUGUGGCUUCAUCAAUCUGCUCCACAUCUUCAUGUAAUCUUCCACAUCUAUGCUUUGAAUUUCAUGUUACUGCAGCCUUUUAUUGCAGUCCAGCAUAAAUUUUAUGCAGAGCCAAGAAUAACCUAACACAGUUGUCGGUCCCUGGUGCAUUGCUCUGGUUUUACUCGCUCAGGUUUGACCUAGUAUCCUAAAGCUUCUCUGAAAAAAAAAAAGCCCUCUCCAUGGUAGUGCCUGUCUACUGAACCUGUCCUUCUAAACAGCAUCUAAUCAGCACUCUUCAUUUAGCCUCAGACUCUAAUGUGGUUCUGGCUGCCAACUCUCUCUGUCUGAUUGACAGUUGGCAUUUGGAUGUUAUUAAAAUUGCAUGUGUGGAACCGAUCUGCUGACAGUUGGAUUCCUUUUGUGGUCGGUGCAUUUCUGAGCCAAGAUCUGGAAAAUCCAGCCAGAUUCACCUUGGGACUGCUUUGCUACACCAGUACUUUGGAUAUAAGAGAUUGAAAGUUUACAGUAUCAUUGCAUAUCUGUCAGAUGUGUAGAUGCCCCUCUAUCAAAGCAUUUUGCAAGCAUGGGGCAUUGGCCAUCCAGGAGCUGUGCUAGGGUGUCCUGAUUGGUUGUCAGUGCAUUGCUACAGUAUUCUGUCUGUUAGAGUGUUAGCCACAGAAUUGCUAUAUGUGCACGGAGCUCACUUCUAACGAGCUGAUUAUCUGAAUCAGGUGUGUUAACAAAGAGAAACGUGUGAAAUAUGCAGUGGGGUGCGAGGACUGGAAUUGAGAACCGCUGAAUUAUAGUGAUGAUUAACAUUCACAAACACCAAUAUUAAAAUUGGUCGGAGUCGCACAUGUUCUAUGUAGUUCAGCCCACUCCAUCCCGAAAGCAUCUUCACAAACUUGCUGCAAUCCAGUGGCAUGUUCUAUGAAGCAAAUCUCCUGUUUUGUUUCAACCCCAUUCUUCUGUUUCUGCAAUGCGUGAGAGGAUUGCAGUGUUUCUUUAAAGCAGUAGGGAAUCUAGAGUUCUCUGGGAUGUGAUUUGUCUUUUGCAGUCCCAUCUCUCUCAUCCAGGGGUUAAGCCUGCUGCAGCAGUGCUACCUGACUCAGCACCGCAAGAAGACGAACAGAUGGAGCGAUCGAGUCAUAGAGCGAAGAGGGAGAGACUGAUUACUCUUAAAUACUAAGCACUAGAGGAGAAACAAGCCUCCUUCCUCGUGUCAUCACCUUCAUCUUAUUUGGAAGUCUCUCUUUGGAGUUGCGGACGUAUUGGUGGAUUUCUUGUGUUUUGGUGGUCGUUUGCAUUAUUAAUCCAGCACUAAUGAGCUGUGGAAAGGGAUGCGGUUAGCUGAUGGAGUGCCUGCUGGGCACACAGAUGGGCUCAGACGCGACGCUCUCACUUCCUCAUGCCCCCCAUCACCUUUGUGCCCAGAGCAGGCUCCAAGGGAUCAACCGGAGAGCCCGGUGAUAAAAGAUCUUGGGGGACAGGUGGGCACAGAGGUACUGUCUGAGUCAGGACUAAUGACAUGGCUCAUCUAAGAGUUCUGGACUGCAUGGUCAGCCGCAAAUGGAGUCGGAUAUGUGACCUUUACUGUGCGUUUAACAGUCAGGCUAAACAAAAGGAUGGUUGUGAGCAUAGCGAGGCAUCGGCUCUGUCUCCGGCCGCUGAAGAGGAGAACUUCUCAUGGCCGGGGCCCAAAACAUUGCACCUACGCCGUACAUCUCAUGGCUUCGGCUUCACGCUCCGUCACUUCAUUGUGUACCCACCCGAGUCAGCCGUGCAAUCCUCUCUCAAGGAUGAAGACAAUAGCAGCAGAGGGAAACAACGGAACAGACUGGAGCCGAUGGACACCAUCUUUGUCAAGCAGGUGAAAGAGGAUGGCCCCGCGCACGGAGCUGGACUCUGCACAGGGGAUCGUAUUGUAAAAGUCAAUGGAGAAAGCAUCAUCGGGAAAACGUAUUCUCAAGUAAUUGCCCUUAUUCAGAACAGUGACACAUCUCUGGAGCUCUGCGUGAUGCCAAAAGAUGAAGACAUUUUACAGCUGUUCUCCAGGGAUAUCACAGCUCUGGCCUAUUCUCAAGAUGCAUACCUCAAAGGAAACGAGGCAUAUAGUGGAAAUGCCCAGAACAUCCCUGAGCCACCCCCAAUAUGUUACCCAUGGAUAGAGCCAAAUGCCUUGGCCAUGGCACAGGUGUCAGAGCCUUCACGCUCUGCUGAGACUUCAUGUGGAACCAGACAAGGAGUAAAUCGAUGCUAUAAGCCGGACAUAGGUUGCCGCAUUGAUAUCCCUGUUUCUUCCCUUACCACAUCCCAAACUCCACUGAUCCCCAACACCCAAACUGUUGUGCGUGUAUUUAACGAAAAUGUUAGGACAAUGGUAGCAUCACCUGAAUCCACAGACCGAAUUACACAUGUGGCCUGGGCUGGUCCCAGCCACAGGAAGGAGGACAACCAGUAUGCGGAUUCAACAGACCCAAGCUUUAACAGGUCCAGUGACCAUGUCACUGUAUCUCCAACUGGGGCAGCAAAAUCACAACACAAACCCAACAGAACUGGAGAACCCACAUGUUUUGCUGACACUACCCCCAGAACGUCACAGACUUGCAUAGAUACAAAGCCUAUAUCUUCCUACAGACAUACUCUAACCACAACAGCAGAAACCUUCCCAUCAGCAACCUCUCCCACCCCUUACACACCCUCCCCUCCACCUGCCACCCCCUCACCGUGUUCUCCACACCAGAACAUUGACUGGAGAAACUACACCACCUACAAGGAAUACAUUGACAACAAACGGAUUUACAUGUAUGGCUCCCGGACUAUUCAGGAGCGCCUGGACAGUUUGAGAGCCGCAUCCAGAUCCAGUACAGUUGAAUACAGCAAGCAGAAGAGUGCAUCAACAACAGCUACACCCUCACGGGGCUUUUCUGGAUCACAGCUUAGACGAAGGAGUGCCUCACAUGAUCGGAGUUAUCAGGUAUCCAGUGCGCUGCCAAUGCGUAGCGCCUCUCAAGAGAGGCUUGGUGGUGCUGAUCGGGCUGGUCUAACAGGGAAUUGGCCUCGUAGUGCUUCCCAGGAUGCCCUCCCAUCAGCCCCUAUAGGUAUCCUGAAACCCAGAGCAUAUUCUUGCAGCUACCUAAGCAGACAGAAUGAAAAUGCACCAUCCUCACUAGAUAGGCAAGCAUGCUGCAGAACUGAGACAGACGAGUGGAUGCUCGUGCACAGAGGGGAUGAGGCAAGAGCAAGCAGGCAGUCUUCUUCCUUACGCAUGGCGCCUCACAGAACACAGGGUGUAUUUAACACAGACAGACGAGGGGGUAGUUACCCAGGGUUGCCCAUCACCCCUCAUUUUAGUAGAGGUACAGAUUCUUUCCUCACUUCCAGAUCUGAAAGCCUGGGUAAUACCUCUGCACCUUCCAUAACCAGACCCACACUGUUACCUGCAAAAAAUUAUGUCUCAGACCCUUCCACUGCUGCUGCUUCUUAUAUAGCUUCUGCAUUGGCUUCAAUACAAGGCCACAUCAGUGGUAGCUCCAGCACAGGCCCUGUCAAAGACCAAAGAACACCUCUCACUGCCAACCACAUGCCCCACAAUGCAAAGCAGUUGCAGCCCAGGGGGCGGUCUGACAGCCUUCAGGAUCCCAUCAGAGAACUAGCCCGCGGUGGUCGCUCUUCUUCUUGUUCUGCCGCCUCUAAACCCCAUAGAACAAAGCAGGGUGGAUCCAAGCCCAGAUUCACCAGUAAUGGAACAGUUCCUCCGCAACCUAUGUGCACAGAACCACAACCCCAAGCCAAUGAGAAGACAGCGGAAGGUAUCGAGGGCCCAGAUGCCACUGUAGUUGUGGUUCGAAGGGAGAAGUCUGGAUCUCAACCUAUCCGCCAUCCUUCCUACAUUCUUGCAGUGAAUGAGACGGAGAGAGGGGCUGAAACACUUGUAGAAUCCAACACACGUUGGGUUCCCAGUGAUACCCAACGACAAAUGCACAUGAGGAAGCUAGAAGACCAGUGUAAAACCUCUUUUUCAAGCAACCUUGAUGACUCACUGGACUCCAUUCCCUUCAUUGAUGAGCCGUCAAGCUCCAGUAACGACCAUGACACCACACACAUUCCUGCAUCUGCUGUGAUUUCCAACAAGCCUAUAAUCACCACCAACCCACCCAGUCCAACUUCCCCUUCUCCCGUAAUACGCCGACAGCUGUCCCACGACCAGGAUUCCUUACGACUCACAAUUUUGGAAUCAGAUUCUGGAACUAAAACGGAACGUUCCAGGUCCUUCGAUGAGGGCUUGGAUAACUACAGAGAAGAGAGAGGGCGGUCGAUUAAACACACCCAUGGAUUCAAGGGACUUAGAAAGGCGGUUGACAGAUCCUCUGAGGACUCUGGCUCUAGGAGAGACUCUACUUCAGAUGUCUUCACUGAUGCCACAAAAGAGGGUCCACUUCAUUUCCGGCAGCUCAACUCAGAUAAGGGAAAGCGUGUUAGCGGUAGCAUGCGGUCGUGGAAGCAGAUCUACGCUGUGCUUCGUGGCCACUGCCUUUACCUGUACAAGGACAAGAGGGACGGACAAACCAAUGUCAACUCCCAUAUUGAAGAAGAGCCUCUGCCGGUCAGCAUCAAAGCCUGUCUGAUUGACAUCUCCUACAGUGACACGAAGCGGAAGAACGUACUUCGGCUGACAACGUCAGACUGUGAAUACCUGUUCCAGGCGGAAGACCGCGAGGAAAUGCUGUCCUGGAUCCGGGUCAUUCAAGAGAACAGCAACUUGGACGACGAGAAUGUUACUGUAACUAGCACAGACCUCAUCAACCGGAAAAUAAAGGAGUACAACACUCUAAUGAGUCCACCCAGCAGUAAGACAGAACCCUCACCCAGAGCGUCCCGUCAGUCCCUGAGCAUCAGGCAGACGUUACUGGGCGGUAAAGGGGAGAAUAAAGCUACAAGCCCUCACUCACCAAACAAGGACCACGACAGGAAAGCCAUGCACAAAGAUGAAACCAGUCCACCGAAAGAUAAGGGCACAUGGAGGAAGGGCAUCCCUGGACUCAUGAGAAAGCCAUUUGAGAAGAAAUCGUCUCAUGGAAUCACAUUUGGAGUAAGACUAGAUGACUGCCCUCCGGCUCAGACCAACAGAUUUGUUCCUCUGAUAGUUGAAGUGUGCUGCAAGCUUGUGGAAGAACGAGGACUGGAAUACACUGGCAUUUACAGAGUGCCAGGAAAUAAUGCCGCCAUCUCCAUUAUGCAGGAAGAGCUCAAUAACAAGGGCAUGGACGACAUCGAUGUUCAGGAUGAUAAAUGGAAGGACUUGAAUGUGAUCAGCAGUUUACUCAAAUCCUUCUUCAGAAAACUUCCUGAACCUCUCUUCACUAACGAGAGAUAUGGAGACUUUAUUGAUGCCAACAGAAUAGAGGAUCCUGUAGAGAGACUCAAAGUGCUCAAAAGACUGCUUCACGAGUUGCCUGAUCACCAUUACGAAACACUGAAGUUCCUCUCGGCACAUCUCAAAACUGUGGCAGAAAACUCGGAAAAGAACAAGAUGGAGCCACGGAAUCUGGCUAUUGUGUUUGGCCCAACACUGGUGAGAACAUCUGAAGACAAUAUGACUCACAUGGUGACGCACAUGCCAGACCAGUACAAGAUCGUAGAAACGCUCAUUCAGCAUUACGACUGGUUCUUCACUGAGGAGGGUGACCAGGAACCUACGACUACGGUCCAGGAGGAGAGUGCUGUGGAGUCCCAGCCUGUGCCUAACAUUGACCACCUCCUGACCAACAUCGGCCGGACAGGCACCUCUCCAGGGGAAGUGUCAGAUUCACCAACCAGUGACUCUGCUAAAUCUAAGGGCUCCUGGGGAUCAGGGAAGGACCACUGCAGCCGCGAGUUCCUUCAGCCACGAGUCUCCUCCAUUUUUGCUGCGGCCAACCGCAAACGAAAGAAGCACAAGGAGAAGCUGCAACCCAGCAGCUCUGAUGAUGACCUUGAUACCUUGUUCACCAAGAAUGAUAACCUAACUCAAAAGCAGAACAAGGAGGAGGUGGCAGGCAGGUCCAGCCCCUGCGGAAGAAUUGUUGGAGAGAAGAAGAACGCCGUAAGUGAAGAGUCAACACCGAAGAACAAGAAGGAGCACAGAAACUCUUUCUUUAUGAAAGACAAACCCUCUUCAGCUCUCUCCCCCUCGCCCAAGCUCUCAUAUUCACCUGGUUUCAACCGCCGCACCAACAGAUCCACCCUCUCAGAUCCUUUCUCACAGUUAGAUGAGACCACCUCAGACUUGGGUACCAUGAGUUCUGGAGCCUCCGUACCCAGAACCAGACCUCGCAAAUGGGGCACAACAUCACCGGCCCCUGAGCAAUCACCUGCUCCUGGGGGGGCUUUUCUAACUGCCGAGGUGAGCUCUAUUACGUCGGACUACUCGACCACUUCCUCUACCACCUUUCUGACAGGAGUGGAGUCCAUCACAUUAAGUCCAGAGGUGCAGUCUGUGGCAGAAAGCCGGGGAGGAGAUGAAGCAGAUGAUGAGCGCAGUGAGCUCAUCAGUGAGGGACGGCCGAUGGAAACCGACAGUGAGAGCGACUUCCCAAUGUUUAGCCCUGGCAUCGCUGGACUAGGCAUACCGUCCACAGAAGAUGCCGGCAACAGCACACCCAAACUGGCUUGCCGCUUGCUGCCCUCCCAUAAGCUCAUAGAAUGUGACUCUCUGACCAGGAGGCGAUCCCUCCGACAAAAGACGGACAGCGAUUCAUCUGUGGAGGCCGGGGCUGGUGGCACCAAUCAAGGGGUCAGCAAGAAUGAAUCAAACAGACUAUCUCGAGUUCUGGAGGUGAUGAAGAGAGGCCGUUCCACUGGCAGCCUUAGUGGCUCUUUGCGUACUGAAUCGGAUCGCGUUGAGCCAGCGUGGCAUCUUAAAAUCACAGAGAGACUCAGGUCCCGUCUACGUGCCUCUGCUGAUGACAUGUUCGGUGUUGGCACGCAAAAGACCCGCUCUACGGAGACACGUGGAAAGAAAAAGGGCAUCCGUCGACGGCAUACUAUGGGUGGCCAGCAGGAUUUCGCUGAACUAGAUAUCAUUCAUGAUUGGAGGGAACAGGGCGGGGUGGACCAGGGUGCUGAAAUGUCUUCUGUGGAGCACCUCAGAUCUAAGUUCGACUCUCAGGACGUGUCUAUCCGGGACUGGAUUGCUCAUGAGCAUCAUCGAACUGAGGGCUCCCAGGCCAGUCUAGAGUUGAAAAGUCAAGAUGGGAUAGAGACUGAAAUGGAAGAGGCCCAAGCAGGAAAUGCUGAGCGACUGACUCCCUCUGCUUCCCCAUGUCCCCAGUCCAGCUCUGAACAAGUAAACGGAGGCGCGUCAAAGGGCAAAUCCAGAAACAGUUUGAAUUCUGGAGCUGAUGCUCAUCCACAAAAAUUGUCAGGAGCUCAAGUGGUGCGCUCACGAUUCUACCAAUAUCUUUGAAUAUAAAGAAUAAUUUGCAUGCGUGUAAGUGUCAUAAUGUGUGGGUCAAGGCCUAUUCAAACCAAAGUGAAUUUUAGGUGUGAAAAUUCUACGCAUUUUCGGAUUUCCCUAACACAAACUGGUAAUACAUCUGUUUAGACCAACUGAGGGCCACUGUCCUGUGGAGUUUAGCCCCAACCCUAAACAAACACACCCGCCUGUAGCUUUCUAGUGAUCUUGAAGACACUGAUUAGCUUCUUCAGGUGUGUCUGACGGGGUUGGAGCUUAACUCUUCAGGACAGUGGUCUUCCAGGCCCUGUUCUGGCAUGAACUUUCGCAGAGCCAUCAAUGCGACAAAUUUCUUUUCCAUCACAUUGUGAAGACAACUGGCCAACCAGUAAGAUUUGUGCUUUUUGUGGCAUGCCUAUAGCACUGCUGUUACAUAAAAUGGCAUGGUGGCACUCUCAGACACAAUUAGUUUGCUAAAUGGUAAUGAAUAGCAUAUGAAUCCACAACCUGCUCUAUUGUCUCUGUACUCGGUUUUGGUAAAUAAGCACCAAAGCAAAUACAAAAAUCUGGCUUUUUGAAAAUUGAUUUUCUUUUUUCUCUGUGACAAGCAGGUGGCAGAAUUUGCACACCGAUUUGUGUAUCAGGGUUAACGUUAGCGGUGUAUUUCUGCUUUUCUAUAAUCACCUGCCAGAGAGUAAAUGAGCAUUUUCAUUCAUCCUGUCUGCAGUUUAUAUGUUUAGGUCUGAAAAGACUAAUUAUAUGUGAAAAUCAGGAUGAAUUUUUGUGCCAAACAUGCAUGUUGGUGUGAACAGGCCUUAAACUGAAUGAAUGUUCUUUAGAGCUAAGGUUACUUCAUUUUUAUUUUCCAUCCCCAUGUCCUGUUUUUUAUUUUUUAAACAAAGUAUCUAUAAAUAUGAAUAUAUAUUAUAAAUGUAAAUUGUAUAUAUCUAUAUGUAUAGGCUUAUAAAAAAGUAACUGGAGUAAUUUGAACAAUUCUGAGUUAUCUGACUCAUUGUUUUUGGAUCAGUACUGGAGCUGUUUUCUUGAAAGCUAGUAAUAUAUGCAUGACGGUGAAGUGGCCUGAUAUUCAGAGGCUGUACAAUACCAAUGUUUACCGACUGCCUCGACAGCACAAUUUCUCUGACUUUGACAGACAUGCAUUUGCAAAACUGUUACUGAAGGAUACUAAUAUCAAAGGAAAAGAAAAGACAUCUCGUCCAAGUUUAGGACAAAAAAAAAAAAAAAAACUCCUGAUGUUACUCAUAUGAAGAAUGUAAUAUGCUUGCUGUUAUAUUGACUAACACGUAAAUUGCUUGUUGCAGUUUUCAUUCGUGAAAAGUGUAAAUAAUGUCUGUACUUGAAGUAUUUUUCUGUUUUUAUUAUUAUUAUUUUGAAGGUUAGCCUUGAUAUGGGCUGUUUUCUGAGCUGUGCGCUGUGGAAAAUCCCUUUACAGUGCAUCAUAACAGCCAGAUAUACAUGUGGAAGAAGAAUGAAAUCAUUUUUUUAUAUUUUUACAGGAUUGUGAAAGUAAGUGCUAAAGUGAAAGCACCAGAGCCUGAACAUCUGUAGCAGUACUAGGCUUACUGGUCAUUGUCAUGUUGAACCAUUUUAAUGCAAAAUACAACAACCUAACAGCAAAUAAGUCAUAAAAUUACAAGGAAUUCUGUUUCCUUACAAAAAAAAAAAAAAAAGUGCCUCAACUGGUUCUGGUGACAGGAGAGGUGCCAUUUCUUAUUUUAGUUGUUUGUUAAUAUGGAAUAUGUAUUGUGAAUGAAUGACUGAAUUUUGUCAGAAUAAAAAAAUAAAAAAAGAUAGAAAGGAAAAAGAAUUUUUUUUUUUUUUUUUUUUUUUUAUAUAUAUACAAAACGAUGCAAAAGCAGACGCAGAGCUUCCACUGCUUCAUCAGUCAGUAGUCUUAAGUCAUUUUGUGCUUUGCCACUGUAUUCAUCUUUACCCUGGUCUUUUAUUGAGGCAAUAGCUUAAAUUUGUAUUUUAUUUUUUCUGUAUGUUACCUUUGUCAAAAAGUCAAAUAUUUUGUCCGAGCUGGCCAGUGUAGUAGCCAGCAUUUGAUUCCUCGGGAGAGUAUGCAUGACUUCAUACGUGUGCGGAUUUCAUCUUACCUCUGAAUGCUCAUAUGUGUGACUCGCAACUGCAGAGAAAAAAACAACA